AUGGAGUCACUGAUGACAGCAAGUUACACUCAUCCUCUUCGUAAGAUCAAUCAGUCUAUCCCAGGGGGCAGUUUGGUCAUUUCGACUACUUUUGGCAAAAACGAUGGCCCAAGUAAACGUGUAGUUUUUCACAAAAAGGCACUAUUGUCAGAAACAACAUCUACUCCAUUAAAGAUUGAACUUAAAGGCCGAAAAGCAAAUAAAAGCAAUGCUGGCCUCACAGUUCAAAAUGAGAGUGGUGGACUCAAAACAACCACCCCGCAUCUCAGUCUUUCAACGCUGGAGAACCUUUCCAGUUCUCAACAAGGGAAGGUCCAUAAUAAAAGGAAAUGGAAAGUUAAGAGUCAAGAGAAAGCUGUGAUCGAAACAAUCAAAAGGGUGAAAAUAAAGGAUGACCUUGUCCAGGUCAAUUGCACCUCUUGCGAAAAAACAGUGGACCAAGAUGAUAGUCCUCAAGAUAUUAAGGAAUUCAUCGACAUAGUCCAACCAGCUCCAUCACAAAUGGAGGAGGGAGGUCAAGCCACAAUUGAUGAUCUGCAAGAAAUUAAUCUUGGUACAGUUGACAACCCAAAGCCUAUCUUUGUCAGUGCUUUGUUAACACCGCAAGAGUUAGAAGAAUACACACAACUGUUGCAAGAGUACCGAGAUGUAUUUGCAUGGGGUUAUCAAGACAUGCCAGGUUUAGACCCAAACGUUGCAGUUCACAAACUUGGGAUACCUGAUGAGGCUCGAUGGGUGAAGCAAGCGCCAUGCCGUUUUCGGCCAGAGCUAACAAUCCAAAUAGAAAUCGAGAUUGACAAGCUUAUUGCCGCGGAUUUUAUCAGAGAGGUCCAAUAUCCCACCGGGUUGUCCAAUAUUGUCCCAGUCCUCAAAAAAACUGGGGCACUACGUAUAUGUGUGGACUAUAGAGACGUCAAUGAUGCAUACCCAAAAGAUGAGUUUCCACUCCCAAUUACAGAAUUAUUGGUAGACGCAACAACCGGUUUCGGUGCUCUAUCAUUUAUGGAUGGAUUCUCGGGUUACAACCAAAUAAAAAUGGCUCUAGAGGAUCAAGAGAAAACUGCCUUCUGCACUCCAAAAGGAAUAUAUUGCUACACUGUGAUGCCUUUUGGGUUGAAAAAUGCAGGGGCGACUUACCAAAGAGCCAUGACGGUAAUUUUCAAUGACAUGCUUCACAAUACCAUUGAAUGCUACGUUGAUGAUUUGGUUGUCAAAACCAAAAAAAGAGAACAUCAUUUGAGGGACUUAAAACGAGUUUUUGAUAGACUCCGAAAGCACCAGUUGAAAAUGAACCCCUUAAAAUAUGCAUUUGGGGUAACUUCUGGUAGAUUCCUUGGCUUUAUCGUCCGACAUCGUGGAAUUGAAAUUGAUCCCUCAAAAAUCAAGGCAAUCUGUGAAAUGCCUCCCCCUCGAAAUUUAAGGGAGCUGCGAGGGCUGCAAGGAAGACUAGCUUACAUACGACGAUUCAUCUCAAAUCUCUCUGGAAGGUGUCAACCAUUCUCAAGGCUAAUGAAGAAGGAUGUUCCGUUUAUAUGGGAUCAAGCAUGCCAAAAUGCUUUGGAAAGCAUUAAACAAUACCUGUUAAAUCCGCCAGUUCUAAUGGCGCCAAUCAAAGGGAAGCCUUUAAUCCUAUACAUUGCGGCAUUAGAAUGCUCGUUAGGUGCAUUGCUCGCCCAACACAACGAGGAUGGAAAGGAAAAUGCAUUAUAUUACUUGAGUAGAACUCUCGUAGGGGCAGAACAAAAUUACACCCCGAUCGAAAAGUGGUCUCUCCUUCUCUCCGAGUUCGAGAUAAAGUUUGUGCCACAAAAGGCAAUCAAAGGGCAGGCUCUUGCUGAUUUCUUGGCUGCUCAUCCUACUCCCGGCAACAUGGAGUUAUCUAAUGAUUUGGCCGACGAAGAGGUAUUCACGACAGAAGCACUUAUAUGUCAGUUAUAUUUUGAUGGGGCAGCAAGAGGAAAAGGAGCUGAGGCAGGACUAGUAUUCAUCACGCCGUCUGGGGGCUUAAUCCCAUACUCAUUCUCUUUACUAGCUUUAUGUUCCAAUAAUGUGGCAGAAUACGAGGCACUCAUCAUUGGCCUUGAAAUUGCUCUCGAGAUGCAUAUUGAUUAUUUGCAAGCAUACGGUGAUUCACAUCACAUCCCGAGGUCGGAAAAUGAUAAAGCUGAUGCACUAGCUAAUUUGGCUGCAUCGUUAACACUACCUGACGAAAGGGAUAUCCAAAUCACUGUUGGGGAACGUUACUUACUACUCCCAGCUAUAAAGAGAAUUGAAGAAGUUGUUGAUUCAAACGUCAUUACGGCUUCCGAAUGUGAGGGGGAACCAGAUGAUCUUGAUUGGCGCCACCCCAUAAUCGAGUAUCUCCGACAAGCCAAGUUGCCAAAUGAUUCAAGGAAAAAGGCUGAAGUCCGACGCAGAGCCACUCGAUUUCUGUACCUAAAUGACACCUUGUACAAAAGAUCAUUUGAUGGUAUGUUGUUAAGGUGUCUGUCGAAACAAGACUCAACUAAGGCCCUUCAUGAUACUCAUGCUGGCACUUGCGGUGCUCAUCAAGCUGGUCCAAAACUCUCAAACCAACUGAAGAGAUUGGGUUAUUAUUAG